GAGCGUGAAUGAAGAAAAAACAGCCGGCGGCAGCGGCGGCAACAGAAGCGGCAGAAUUUAGUUUUCGCAAUAAAAAUAAACGCGAGCUAUAGCUGGCUGAAAGUUGUGCCCAGAAUUUUCACUUCUACAUCGGUUAACGUUAUACUUCUGUCAUCAUGUUCUGACCAUCCGGCUAAUAACGUCCAACGCGCGCUCAGGAGCUGCCUUUAUCAAAGAACCCCCGUCUCCUCGGUGCUCUCCUUUUUGAAGACCGUCGCGUGUUUUUCCGCUUAGAUUAAAAAUACAUAGUUGAAGCAUCGAAAAUGAGGCAACUAUUCAGACGAUUGAUGAACCACCAGUAUUUGACGCAGGACCAGAUCAAUGGGUUCGACAACUACAAGUACAGUGCCAUUGAUACCUCACCGCUGAGUCAGUAUGUGAUGCAUCCCUUUUGGGAUUGGCUAGUUAAGUUCUUUCCGCGCUGGUUUGCGCCCAACCUUAUGACCUUUCUGGGCUUCCUGUUCAGCGCCAUGAACCUGGUGCUGCUCUCCUACUACGACUGGAACUUUGAAGCCAGUUCCGGCGAGGAGGGCACCACCCCCAUUCCGUCGUGGGUCUGGCUCUGCACGGCCAUCAACAUCUUUUUGGCCUACACCCUGGACGGGAUCGAUGGCAAACAGGCCCGCCGCAUUGGAUUAUCUGGUCCGCUGGGCGAGCUCUUCGAUCACGGAUUGGAUUCAUAUACGGCCAUGUUGAUCCCGACGUGUCUGUACAGCAUUUUUGGACGCAGCCGCGUGUAUUCGGUGCGACCCAUGAGGAUGUACUACGUCUGCCUAACAGUCUACUUCAACUUCUUUAUUUCGCACUGGGAGAAGUACAACACGGGCAUCCUCUAUCUGCCCUGGGGCUAUGACCUCAGCAUGUGGGGCAGCACCGCCAUGUACCUGGUCACCUGGUGGAUGGGCUUCGAGCGCUGGAAGUUCGAACUGCCGCUGGGAUCCUAUGGAACCCUGCCGUUGGGCAAUGUCAUGGAGGCAGUGCUGCAUAUCAGUGCUAUGGCGAAUCUUCCACUAGUCAUCAUUAACGUCUACAACUCUUAUGCGCAUCGCACAGGUCGUCUACUGUCCUUUUGGGAGGCCGUUCGACCCAUGUGGCCCUUCAUCACCUACUUCGUCAUACUGCUCGCCUGGCCAUAUUUAUCCCCGAACGACAUCAUGGAAAAGGAUCCACGCGCUAUUUUCAUGCUUAGCGGCACAAUCUUUUCCAACGUCAGCUGUCGUUUGAUUGUCUCACAGAUGUCCGUGACGAGAUGCGAGGCCUGGCAUUGGCAGAUGCCAAUGUUUGUCCUUUCCUUCUUGACGAGCCUGUGGAUUCCGCUGCUGGAGAGGCCCUUGCUGUACUUGCUUCUGAUUGUGACCACGUUGAGCCACUGGCAAUACGGGGCCAGCGUGGUAAACCAGAUGUGCGAGCAUUUCAACCGGGUCUGCUUCACGGUCCACAAGCGCGUGCCGCAGGAGGAGCUCCCCAAGAAGAAGACUCUGCUGGCAGAGGAAAUCAGCCAGGCAGAUAAACCACACGCGGAGGAGCCAUUGAAGAAAGAGAAAUAAGGCAUCGGAUUGCGUUAUUUUGCAAGUUUUUCUGUAUAUCAAGGAGGCUGUUUAGUUAAACAAUUCUUGUGAGAUUAUGUAUAAUUUGUCUUAGUUAGAAUAUACCUAAAAAAUUGACUUUAUAGUAGUGCUACAAUAACAUUGGAGCCAUUUCGGCACUUUUCCAAUGACUAUUCACGUAAUGCUCUCUUCCAAUGAUAAUUUUUAAACGCUACGGUUAAAUCCCAACUUGACGUUAUCUGUAAUCCGUAUUGAAUCCAAACUUUAAUGACCCCUUGUAGAUCGAUUGAAUUUACCAGUAAUCAUGACAAGUGAUCUAAUCUGCUGCUAAGAUAUCCAAUAAGUAUUGGUUAGUAGGCUAAAGUAGCGGCCAGGAAAGUUCCGAUCCGCAAACUCAACUCAACUCUGCAAAUACAGAGCAGCUAACUACUUGUUCUAGCCCUUAGCUUUCCAACUUCAUUGCUAUGGUUAGGCAAAUGUAUCCUUAUAAUUAAAAACGCUCGCUUCCGCUGACCUUGAAUAGCAAUCAAUGUUUUAUAUUUGUCUAGACGUAAUCGAAUAAUUAUCUCCAUGCUUAAUUUAUUUUGUUUCCAUUGUACAUUGUUUGAAGUGCUCCACAAACACGAAUACACGAAACGAACUUUUCUAACUAAAUAACCACAAAGACCUCUAAUUAUUUAAACACAUAAGCAUAUUCGUUACUUUUAAACUUAAACCGAACCCCAAUGUCAUUCAACUGUAAUGUGACGUCGUCCCUAGCGCCACUGCACGCUUUAUUGUAUGGAAUCUAUUCAUGUACCCCCCAAACGGGCUACCCCCGCCCCACUACACAUUGUGUUAAAGACAAGACAGUAUACAAAUAAAACAAAGUAUUUUGAAA